GUUCAUGGAAGUCGCCCACUCAAACGAGUUUAGAAGCGAUUAAAGUGUAGCCGGUCUUAAGAUUCCAGUGUAACACAUUUCUGGGGUUGUUUUGUUCCCAAACCCAACUGUACUGACAUUGCUUGCACAGCGAUAACUGACAUUGGACCCUAGUUUUGUUUGUGUUCAUCAUUUGCGAUUCGUCUGCGGAGUUGAGUAGAUCCACACGGAAAAGUACGAUCUCCAGAAUGAAAACAUUGGCUAUUGUGGCGGCCAUAUUCUUGGCCUCAACUACGGCGGCCAAGGUUCACAAUCAUCUUUUGUCGGAAGACUUUAUCGAUCAAAUCAACAUUGCGGGUUCCACUUGGACUGCGGGUCGGAAUUUCGCUCCUGAAACAUCGACGAACUAUCUCAAGCAACUGAUGGGGGUGCAUCCCAUGCACCAGAAGUUCUUGCCCGAAGCCAAACCUAAGGACACGCUUUUGUCCGAUGCCUCCAUUCCGGAGGAAUUCGAUCCUCGCACCCACUGGCCUCAUUGCCCUACUAUCAAGGAGAUUCGCGACCAAGGAGGAUGUGGUUCCUGCUGGGCUUUUGGGGCUGUGACGGCCAUGUCUGAUCGCCUUUGCAUUCAUUUGAACAAACAAGUUCAUGUCUCGGCCGAGGAUCUUUUGUCCUGUUGUUACUCUUGCGGGUUUGGUUGCAACGGCGGAUUCCCUGGCAAUGCUUGGCGGUACUGGCAAACCAGUGGAUUGGUCAGUGGAGGCGUGUAUGGAUCCCACCAAGGAUGCCAGUCCUAUAAGAUUAAACCUUGCGAACAUCAUGUCAAUGGAACCCGACUGCCAUGCCAAGAGGGUGGUACAACUCCUACUUGCGACCGGAAUUGUGACGAGGGCUACAAAGUGCCUUAUUCGAGUGACAAAACCUACGGCAAGAGCGAAUACUCCGUAUCCAGCGAUGUCACUGAGAUCCAAAAGGAACUGAUGACCAAUGGACCUGUUGAGGCGGCUUUUACCGUUUUCGCUGAUUUUCCUAAUUACAAAUCGGGUGUAUAUCAACACGUGACCGGAACUGCUUUGGGUGGUCAUGCCAUCCGCAUUUUGGGUUGGGGUGUGGAGAAAGGCACUCCUUAUUGGUUAGUUGCCAAUUCAUGGAACAGUGACUGGGGUGAUCAUGGCACAUUCAAGAUCCUCCGAGGUCAGAACCAUUGUGGAAUCGAAAGCUCUGUUGUGGCUGGAUUGCCCCGCGAAGAUUAAAAUGUUCGCCCAAGAGAGCACACCAUCACUUUUUGGUAUAUAUCUCAUAUAUUUUGUGUACCUAUUUAUCAGAUGAAAGUUCUUCAAUAAAUGACACGGUUCAAUCUCCA